AUGUCCAUUUCAUGUCCAUUUUGCCUUUCCAAUAGCACGAUAACUGACGAGGGCCAAGCAAAAGUGUUCUGUGGUAACUGUGGGCUUGUAAUCAUGGACACUCUCAUUGUCAAUGAUCUAAUCUACCAAGAUCAAAAUGGUGUGUCCACCGUGAUGGGGAACUUCAUAAGCGCUAACACCUCCUCCACGGCUCGCAGUCUUGCAAUCAAACACUUUUCCAAGGAGCUAGAGACAAUUGCAAUGAUUCUAAAUUUACCAAUGGAGCUUGUUCGGAAAGCCAGCGACUACUAUGCCAAUUGUCUGCGCGACAAAGCAACGAGAGGACGGAGAAACAAUCUCUUGGCAGCAGCUCUUCUUUACAUUGUGGGGCGACAGCACAACCUCUCCCAUCUUCUGAUAGACUAUGCAGAUGCUCUUAACGUUUCUGUUUUCACGCUCAACAAGUACAUACAGCCAUUUCUGCGUCAAUAUAAUAUCAAGCUACCUUACCAGGAUCUUGAAUCACUGUUACCACGGUUUGUGGAUAGUAUUCUGAAAGAAGAGUUCACGACUGCAUUUCAAGACAACAGAGAUUGUAUGCUUUUCGCUAAUAUCCACAUAACAUCUGUGGAUCAGCUCCGUGAGCAUACUCUUGUUGUAUCUAAGUACAUUCUUAAGGCCUCUACCGCUAUUAAUAUUCACACCGGCAGGCUUCCAUCAGGCUUGUUAGGCGCCAGUAUUUUUGUUGCGCUUAAGUUACUAAACUAUGGGAUACCCAUUCAUCGCAUUUCCCGCUGUGUCUUUUGUUCUCCAGACACCAUUGCGCGCCGUCUCCAAGAAAUGCAAUCAUCAGAGCUAUUCGCCAAGCUAACCAUUGGUGAUGUUCUUCGUAAUGUAGACCUCGACCUUGAGGGCGUAGACGUACGGCCCCCAUCUCUUGUACGCAGACAUCUUUACCAUCGGCACUAUGCAGAAUCUGCAGCACACGAACAGUUGGCAAGUCUAGGAUCGCUUUUAGCUCAGGGCGCACAGGCGACUGCAAUGUCCAUACCAAUUGAUUUGAGUCUGGCAAGCGACAUCUCUAUUCAGGAAUAUAUUGCUCCUGCAGGUGUCAGGCAAGCAAAGCUUCAGUUAUUUGAUGCUCAGCACGGAGACUUUUAUCGCGCUCUUCAAGCAGCAAGAGAGGGAACUGUCGAUCCAGAAGAGGAUGCUUCUGUGCAACGUAAAAGACAGCGAGCUGAGCAUAGCGGGCUCACUGCUGCAGAAAGCGUGCGCAACGAUCGCGGAUUGCCUGCCAGUAUUCGUGAAGACCUCGCUAGCCACUUGGAAGGAGGGGCACUAGACUCUUUCCGGAGCGAGUCGAGCCUCCACAACGCUGUCAGUAGCGAGGUGGACUAUGAGUACGAGCACGAGCAAGAAUCUCGGUCCUUGUGGGCCAUCUUCAACGAGUGA